AGCAAGUGUAAGAGAACGUGUGUAUGCGUGGUGAAUGCGUAGGAGAGUGUGAAAGGAGAAAGAGGGGGUGGGGAACGACGGGCGGGAAAAUGGAGCGCUUUCGUUCUCAGUGCGUUGAUACGAUCGCUCGUCCUUGGGAAAGCUUGUGUUUCUGUUAUUCUGCUCCGUGUCAGUGCUCUAGUUUUAUCGUCGGUCUCUCACCCAAACGCGAUGGAUCGCGUACUUUGCCUAUGAUUUUGGACCGAUCGAUUUAAAUUGGUUCAACCGUCGUGAAUCAGCGCGAUGGAAACACGCAUGGUGUUUAUGUUUGCCGGGCGCGUGAAUAUGCGUGCCUCUCCUCGGACCGGUGGCGCCUUCUUUCAGCGUUUGGUAUACCCCCGCGUAGCCGGGGGCGGAUGGGAACCGGGGGUGGGAGAGAGAGUCGGAUGAAUGGAAAGAAGGAGGGGAGGGAGAGGAGAUGCCGCCACCUUCGAAUCUGCCUGUCAGCCGACACAUUUUCCAGACUCGCGAAAGAACACGAAAUACUGCAAUAUCACACUCGGAAAGACACUCCACCACGCCUCGUGUAAUGCCCACGUGGUGCCCACUGAUUCUUCCGGGUGAAAUCACGCGUGGUCUUGUCACGUGAUUGCCCAAAAUGGUGCACCACUCCAGGUGCUCUGCAUAGAAUGACGUGUAGUGUUCUCCACUUGGAUUUCGAGUUUUCUUUUGCGAUUAGUAGUUGGAUUAAUAGCCAGACGUCAAGCACAUAUUUGAUGAUAUACUUGAGAUUUGAUGAAAAACAUGAUGGUUUUGUUUAUCUUCGUUUGUGGUUGAUUACAUUCCUGACUAAAGCGAUAAUGGGAUAUCCGAUUGAUUUUAUUCGUUGGAUUUGUUCGUAUCCGAUUAAAUUCCGUUUUAUAUGAAUUGUUUGAGAAAAUAGUUUUGUACAGUUUCGGUUGAAUAACGAAUCAGGUCACUUGGCUAGGUCUCUGGUUACGGUGAUUGUGAAAUACAAAUGAAUUAGUAUUAGUUAGAUCGCAUUGAGAUCGACACAACAUCUAUUCGAUAAAAUCUUGUAUGCUCGAAGAAUAUUCCGCUUAGUUUUGUUCGUGGCUGAUGAUUAAAUUAUUAUUAACUGUCACUAGCGCAAGAUUUGCACGAAAUUUGUCAAUAUUCGUUAUAUCGUUUAAUUUAAUAUUCAUCCAGUGGUGUUUGAUUCUUUGUUUGAUAAUUUAAUUAUACUUUCAAUUAUAUUAGCAGUCAUGAGUAGUAACAUAUACUUUUUCAAAAAUUUCGUUGCGUGCUGUUGUCAAUUUUUGGUCGCUCCUUAUAUGAUAGGAAAUUAUAAAUUUUUAAUUUUUUAUAUUUUGCUGUUGUAUAUUUUGUCACUAAUUUUGUCUAUAAUGAUAUUGAGGAAAGUAUUUGGACAGUAUUGCUCAUAUUCUCCUGAAUAUUUCCUGACAAAGUAUAUACUUAGAAAUGUAUUUAUAAGAGAUUAUAAAUAUAUAUUCGAAUUUAAUUAAAAACUACGACUUUAAAUAAUUUCUUUGGUAACUGAAGCACAUGUAACAUGAUUUCUUUGAAAAUUAAGAAAUAUAAAUUAAAAAGUAUAUUCGAGUGCAAGUUUCAAUUUCGUAUUCAAUUAAAGAUUAAUUUCAAAAUAAAUUGUAUUUACAAGAAAAUGACUAUAACUAUGCUGUCACGAUUCGUGCCUUUUGUUCGCUUAUAACUCAACGCGACUUAUAUAAACACUUUGAUAAAAUUUGGUAUGUUUGCUUUUCGAAUCGAUGUAAACUGUACAUUUAAAGUACAAAUGUAUCUCGAGAUAAUUUAUAUGAAAUGAAAAUUAUACAGUACUGUGAAAUUCGACAUGUUUUCGUAUUUAAUUUUCUAAAGAAGAUUUCGAAUAUGCUUGAUAUUCUGUUUGAUAUCUCUUCUCUGUUGUAUAAAUGUAGAUAUACAAAUAUAAUCACGAUUUAUACACAUAUCAAUAUUCGCCCAUAGGUUUUUUUACUGAAAUUUUUCGACAUGUGCGAGGCUCUAAAUAAUAUUCAAUAGUAAAAUGUCAAUAUGUGAUUGCAUAUUUUUAUGCUGUUUUUUUUUAUGUUGUUUUUUUCGACAGAUAAAUAUAAAAUAAGAUAAAUUUCUUUUAUUAAAGUAACACAAUAACCGAAAUAACGUCUCAAUUACUUUUUCCUAAGAAAAUAUUGCUAUUAUUCGAGAAUAUAAAUGUUAAGUGGCAUAAUGCCAUUAAUGAUAAAUGAUAUUGAAUAUAUAAUUGUUGCGUUGAGAUUAUCUGUGGAUACUAGAUAAUCCGCAGUUCCAGAUUUAACUCUCGUGAUGAUCCCGAGCUAGGAAACGGUAGCUCACUUUGAUUCUUCCAAUUGGGAAGCUCUAGAUGGAUAGGCGGAUAGAGGUAGAGAGAUGCAGAGAGAAGGCGGGAGAAGUAGCGGCAGGAGGGGCGAGCGCGCGUGGGAGGAAGAUGGCUAUAUCGUGGCUCGGAAAAUCGAUGUUCAAAUGCGCCACCACGUGAUUACGUCCACCAAGCGGGAGCGUUAUCUCACUGUGUAAUAAUGCGAGGCGCGAUUAUUUGCGACGACGAUGAUGAAGAGCGAGCAGUAGUGGGGAUCGCUCCUCAUUCGUGAGGUGGAAGGGCGGACGAGAUCAUGAAUGAAAAGGAUGGGAGGUCGUUUCCUUAUCGACGCAUGCUGACGGAUACUUAAGCUGGCUAAUUAAUGACGCGUACGUGGAUCGAUAUGGCCACUGCCUGUCAUGCGGGAAGCGCAAUUCGCUUCCUUGGAGAUUAUACCAGCCGGUGUCGGUUUCCUGGAUCGGCCCGUUUAUUCGCGGGGUUGGUGCCGCGCGUUUGCGCCCUCAUUUAAAAAAAAAACUCGUCAUUUUUUAUUCGUUCGACGACUUUGAUAGGGAGAAGUCUUUAUCUAGAGGUUUUUGAUGACACUAGAUUUCUCGUAAAGCCCUUAGCAAAUGCAUGGUUGUUUUGCAAAUAAAUGCUUACUCUUAUAGAUAGUCAACAAUCACAUGGAUCGUUCAUCGAUCUACACAAUAGAUGACAGAUUUUUCGCCUUUAGAAUAGUGAUCGAUAAGCGGCACGUGUUCGAACUAGUGACUGUUUUUCGCUAGCAAUAAACGUUCUGAAUAAACGUAAUUAACAUUAUCGACAAAGUUUCUUGGAUUUUUGUAUUCUGCUUAAUUCACAGAGAUGUAAGAAUUUAAACCGUAAAACUUCCUAGAGGGAUCUAUAUAUGUGAAAAUUUCCAAUAUCAACUCGAUUUCUUUAUUAUAAUAAUUCUUAAGGUAUGACAUAAUGAUCAUUGGGUGAGUUAGUGAGCAGGCUGAAUUUUCCACUUGGAACAUCGUGUAUCACUUACGUGUAAUUGCAUGUAUUAUGUACAUUUGUUAUCUUUUCUAUUAAUUUGUAUCGACAGUGGAUUUCGAGAGAUAAGAUACAAAUCGUGCGGUUUGUGCUGACGGCGCAAAUUCAAGAUUGACGGGAUCUCCCUCUGUAUAAAAAAAGAAAUUAACGAAUUGGUAGGUUGAUCGAUCAUGUGUUCGUGAUUCGAUGUGUGGAACUGCGCGCGAGAAGGAAAGGGAUGUGAAACGAAGGUGCCAGUCCGAGAAGAAGUCGCGUAACUCGCGUUCCGUUCGCGAUCGGAAGAUCCGGUCUUCGGGCGCGUCGCGACAAAACGUGUUCGGGAAAAAAAAAAGAAAGAAAACGGGUGUUGUUCGAUUGUUGAUGUGUGGUGACACCUGCCGCCAAGGACGGGAGACUGCGCAGGGGGUUGCAAAAUAAUACCGGAAGUUACCCUCUGCCGGCAGUCUCCCCGCGUCCGCUUCCUCUUCCGCCAACGACCCGCGACUGGACGGCGAGCCUGAUGGAAUCGUCUUUCUUUUCUAGGAAAAUGUUCAUCGGCGGUCUAUCUUGGCAGACCAGUCCAGGUAAGAUAUUAUUGACGUCCUUUAUGAUGAUUGCGUAAAGUGCCUUGCCGAUAGAAGCAUAGUAAGCAAGCAAACAACAUUUCGAGACACUGUACCCGCACAGAGCCUCAGGGAGUAUUUCACCAAGUAUGGAGACAUCACAGAGGUCAUGGUUAUGAAAGAUCCCACCACGCGACGAUCAAGGGGCUUCGGAUUCAUCACAUUCGCAGACCCUGCGAGCGUAGACAAAGUGCUGGCGCAGGGCAAUCACGAACUGGACGGCAAGAAAAUCGACCCAAAGGUAGCAUUUCCUAGGAGAACACAUCCAAAGAUGGUGACAAGGACAAAGAAGAUAUUCGUCGGGGGAUUAUCGGCGCCGACGACGCUGGAGGACGUCAAAAAUUACUUCGAACAAUUCGGUCCGAUCGAAGAUGCUAUGCUGAUGUUCGACAAGCAAACUAACAGGCAUAGAGGCUUUGGAUUUGUCACGUUUCAAAGCGAGGAUGUUGUCGAUAAAGUCUGCGAGAUCCAUUUCCACGAAAUCAACAACAAAAUGGUCGAAUGCAAGAAGGCACAGCCAAAGGAAGUGAUGCUCCCAGCGAAUCUGGCGAAGACGCGAGCGGCCAGCAGAGGCGCAUACGAUUUUAUGUGGUCUCUGGGAGCAUUACCUGAUGGUUUCCCAGCGGCAGCGUACGCGGCAUACGCGGCGGGCCGCGGCUAUUCUGGGUACCCUAGUUUCGGAUUACCCUACCCGACAGGAGUGCCGGCGGUGUACUACCACGGAACAGGAAGUGAGAAUGCAGGCCGCGCGUAUACAGAGGCGCCGAUGCAACACGUCCAACGCAAUGCACUCCGGAAGAAAUUGGAUCUAACCAAUGGACAACUCACCCCAAACAACAACACGCCCUUACUUACACAAGCACUUUCUGUGAUGAACAACUACCAGGCGGCCGCAGCGCAGGCCGGAUUCCCGCCGGCGUCGCCGCACGCGGCCGGCGGCCACGGUGGGCCGCAGGGCCGGUCUUUCCCGGCGGCCAAUUCACCGGGCCCGAUUGACAUGUACAGCUCGAGCGCCGCCGCCGCAGCAGCAGCCGCAGCCGCGGAUUCCGCAGUCGCAAGCUACGUCCAGGCCGCAGCUAGCCCGCAGCCCCCCACGACCGCGUUCCCCGCGAUCGCCGUAUCCCGUGCCCCGCUCAACUACAGUCCCGGUCCUCUAAUACCAGCGGCGUUCACUAAUGGCUACCAUUGAGCCUUGUUAAGACCUAAUAAUAGGAUGGACGAGAUGGCAGAACGCAGCACGGUCGCCUGAUAUACUAAGCAACAUGAACAAUUGAGGCAACUAAAUACAGUGGACGAAAAAUCUCUGGACGAAAAAAUAACACAUACACGCCUACUGUAUAGAUACAAAGAUAUUAAUAACGAUCAAAAGUUGCAAUACAUUAAAAAAACGGAUAAUGUCAAACAGAAGACAACUAUCAAGUAAGAUCCAAUGCAACUUCAAAAUCCGGAUUGUAAAUAACCGGACGUAAUAUUACGCGAAUAUGUAAUAAUGUAUUAAGAAAGAAUUUAGAGUAUUAGUCGAAUCCAGUUGGAUGCAACUAUAGAUAGAGAGAAGAAAAUUAAUCCUGUUGAUGAGUAAGAGAAAGAAACUGACACAACGGGGAAGACGUCCAGAGAGGAUCAGAGGAAAAGGACGAGGAAAACGACAAGAAGACGGAAACAGGAAGAGGUAACAACGCGCGCUGCAAUAGGCUAGUUAUGGCCGAAACUGCGUAUUGACGCCAGCCCGUUCUCCGACAUUAAUAAAAGAAAUAAUAAUAAAAUAAUAAAUUAAAUUAAUAUUAUUAAUUGCUAAAUUUAAGCGGUUAAGUCUAGAAUAUAUAAAUAGUAUAUAUAUAUAUAAAGAUAUAAAUAUAUAUAUAUAUAUACACAUAUAUAUAUAAAUAUAUAAAUAAUUGAUAAUUAUUAUAGACGAUAACGUAUGACCUCUAGUAUUUAAGACAGUUAAAGAGACAAAAGAGAUACCAACUCUCACGAAUAUUAUAAUUAUUAUUAUAUAUGAUUACUGGCGAUUGCAAUUAUUAACGAGCGCCGUGCACCACGCGCGUGCCCGCGUACAUUAUACAAUGAUAGGCACAUACGCGCGUUCACACCUGGGAAAGACUUUGUUUCUGGGCUUUCAAGUUUUAAUCGUAUGCGCAGAAGGGAAGGGUUAAAGAGUUUAAUGGCGGCCGAGAGAGGAACGAUGACGCGGAGAAGAGAGAAAAAGAGAAGAGGGAUAAAGGCUGAUGAAAAAGUAGAGCGGAUAAAUCAAGCGAUCCUUUUUGCUGCCCUUUCUCUACGUCUGCACAUGCAGAUUCAAGCUCCUUCUUCUCUCCCAACGUGCCUUUUCGCUGGCUAAAUGGCGGAACGGUGCUUCUCUUCUGUCCUGUCGCAGUCCUGCUUUCCCGGGUGCGCAACGAAAUAAUGCAGAAAGAUGUAACGGCGGACGAGCAAGAGAGAGUUACAUAGGCGUGUUGCAUACUUCAUGUCACGCUGUUAGCAUUAUUUGUGGAAAGAGGGAAGACACGCAAGAGAGAGCUGCCGUCGAAUUUCGGGCCGAUGAGGCAAGUUGAAAACGAUGAGAUGCGCAACAUCGGAAGACUUCCAGAAAAAAAAGGAAUAGUAGUGAAUGAUAUCGUUAGAAUCACAGAAUAGCGCAAGUUUUUUAGCUGCACUUCGCCGAUGAAUCCGCCAUUUAUAUCCCAACAGAUAAACGUGACUUUUUAACGCACGCGUUUAUAGAAUAAUUACAAACACUAUGUUUUAUGACGACACAAUGUUUUAUGGCAACUGAAAUAGUUUUGAAAAAGUUACAAUUUUUUUAUUACAUUAUAUUAGUCGUAUUUAAACAACAUCACGACAAAGUCACUCGACAGCAAUGUUUUUGCUUUUGAAAUAAAAGAAAAAUCAGGAUGCAAAUGGCGUUGAUUUAUGCUACUCUGUAAUUCUGAUUGACACCGAACGCUCGCUUCAAAGUUCCACUUCCGGAGCUUCCGGAGGCGCCGGAAAAUGACUGUUAUAAACUCUAAUCGGCCGCUGUAUAGCUUUAAAACCGAUUACGUGCAGUAACCCUCGUUAUAUACAUAUAUAUAUAUAUACACGUAUAUUACGCGUAUUAUACGCAAAUUACCGUAUAAUUAAUUUAACAUAAUGCCGUAUAUGCAUGACCCUAUAGACGAGCCAAUGCGAUCAAAGAAAAAGAAGAUACGAGUUUCUUUUCAGCGGCAAACAACCGCGAUACACUUUACACAACGUACACGCACACGCGUACACACGAAAGCUAUGAUACAUCCUCCACAACCCCGGCGUCUAAUCGUCUAAGGCUGAGUUACACCGAUAGUCUGGCUUAACUAGCUCUGGUUGGCAUGUGAGUCUAGCGAUUCAUACUUCUUCACUAGAUUAGAAUCCCACUUACAACACACAGACAAGAAAAAUUUAGUUAACCAGCGUCGGUGAUAACCAACGUAUAGGUGCAAACUUAAGAUUCAUACAGCGGGAGAUCAAACGAUCGAGAAAAAGAUCGAGCUGAGAGAAGAAGGUAGUAAUAUAAAGUAUAUACAUAGAAAUGUGUCGCGUAAUCUUCGUCCGCGAUAUACGGAGCAUCAGUCGACGAUGCGCUUCAAACGCUAGCUUAACAGGAGGAUGGGGAGAUGACGAAAGCUAAAGGAAAAAAAGAGUAACAAAAACCUAAAGUUAUACGAGAGAAAGAUCGAGCGCGAGAGGGAUAGGGAGAAAGACGAUAAGAGCGUGCGUGAGAGUGCGAAAGAGUUACCCUUUAGGAUUAAAAUGCGCGGUCGCUAGUAGCGGUUGCGAUUAGAUCUAGGGACUAAAAUGGGCUAGCGAGGAAAGACAUAAACGUGAGAGUGAAUAUUAUAUUAUAAUCUAUAUAUCGCAAAUAUGGCUGAACAUCGGAUGUUGCGUCCCAUCGCGCUUCCAGUAAUGUUUCGGAUAUUAGAAGAGGCCCAAGGUCCACUCGACGUAAAAGAGAGGUAGGCCCCUUUUGAAAUCCAAGCCUCAAUUGGACUACGUUAUACAAUGCGGAAAACAAAUGACGCUUCAGUUCAGAUGUCUCAUUCUGAAGUCACUUUCCCGUGUUCUCAGUCUCACUUGUGUGAUCACUCUUCCUUCUUUCGGAUAAUUAUAUCGGAUAAACACUUAACGUUAUAUUGUAUAACGCGAUCCAAUUGAUGGGUGAAUGAGCGAAGAUUGGAUAGAUUCCAAUUGGUGAUUGGAGUUUAGGUUAACUUUGUCGUGACCUUAUGAUAUUGCGCGGAAAGACGAGAGGAAUUUCAAUUAGCGUGAGAAUAGAAAUGAUUAUUCAAGGCAUGAGCUUCCUGGACGAUUAAGAAUGAUCGACACUUAAUGUUAUUUCUUUAAAUAUCCGAAUGGGACGGUCUAUUUCAGUGAAUAGAUAUCACAAUCCGUAGAAUAAGUUGCAUCAACGGUCUCGCUCAACUUUGAAUUAUUCAUUUAAUCAGAUUGUAGCCUAUAAAAAAAUUGUAGCCUAUAGUAUAAAUAUUAAAAUCUUUGUCUAUAUUGCAGACAAUCCUUACAGAAAUUGGUCAAUUUAGUACUAUAUUAAUCACAUAUUUUCAAUAUUAAAAGCAUUAUUAACAGAAACAACUAUUUGAGUUUUUAUUAUGCGUGCAUUUUUUUGUAAUGUAAAUUGCAGCAAAAAAAUGUUAUUGCAUUCUAAGAACAAACUAGAUAGAAAAUAGAUUCUUUCAUCGUCUACAAGCAUAACAAAACCUUUCGAUUUUAGAAUAAAAAUUGCACGCAUAAAAGCAGGCCUCGAGCAACUGUUAUUGUAGUAUGGCAAUUUAAAAUACACAAUGCACAAGUGCAAAAAAUCCUAUCGCAUUGGCAGAGACAAAGGUUCCUCCCUUCUUUCUGACGACAAGGGCCACAUUGCCCUUAAUAAAUUAUGCGCGUAAUUUAUACGACUGGGACAUUCGCGUUUCGUUGAUAUCGCAGAAUAAAUGGUUCCUUAUUACAUAUUAUCAUUACUAUAAUUGAAUUCACAAGAAAGAGCGUCGAUCAAUGAAUUAUAAUUAUAUAAACGACAAAUAUACACGCGAUUAUUAUAUGCGUGCUGUUAUUAUUAUUGCAUUAAACAACAGGGUAAACAAAAAAAA